UGGGCUGUUUCAACCAUGUAUAUUGUAUUUUUGCUUUUGGGAUGCCUAGCGGCAGUUUCCGCUGUCCCCAUACAGAAGACUUGGGAACUGGUCCCAACUAUUGAAGGUCGCUUCACGCUGGUCCACGUGGAUCCCUUCAAUCUAGAACCGGAGGAACCAGAGUUCCUAUUCGUACCGGAAACCGAUGUGAUUUUCCGCCUGUUCACUCGCAGCAACCCGACGGAACCACAGUUUCUGGAACUUGGUAAUUCGGGAUCAAUUUCCGGGUCAAAUUUCAAUCCAGCCAACCCAACUCGUUUUACCAUUCAUGGAUGGAACAGCAACGGCGAAGAUGGUUUGAAUACCCGAACGCGUGAUGAGCUGCUGGCCAUUGGGGAUUACAACAUGAUUUCCGUAGACUGGAGUGCAGCCAACAGUGCCAACUAUCUGACCUCCCGGAACCACGUUCAGGCUGCUGGACGAGGAGUUUCACUGCUGAUUGCAGAACUCGUCAACCUAGGAGCUAGCGAAAAUGAUAUGUACCUUAUAGGGUUCAGUUUGGGAGCACAUGUUGCGGCAAAUGCUGGAAAGUUCACCGGAGGUCGAAUCAAUACAAUCUUCGGGCUGGAUCCUGCUGGACCAUUCUUUGGCCCGGACCGAGAGGAUUCUCUCCAUGCUUCGGAUGCCCAGUACGUUGAACAAAUCGGAACCAAUGGAGGAGUGUUGGGAAUCAACCUUCCUUUGGGAGGGGCUAGUUUCUUCCCGAACGGAGGAAGGUCUCAACCAGGAUGCGGAACCGAUUUGGCCGGAAGUUGUGCCCACGGAAGGGCUCCAGCGUUCUAUGUUGAAUCCUUGAGGAGUUCGGUUCCAUUCCGGUCGAUUCGAUGCCUGAAUCACGAUCAAAUACUGCAAGGAAACUGUCAGGAUCAGGGUAGCUCAGCUAAUAUGGGUGGGGAGCCAUCUAACUUUGGACGGGGAGUGGAAGGAGUUUACUUUUUAACCACCAACGAUCAGUCUCCUUUUGCGAGGGGAUAGUAUCGAGAAGAUUGUCAAUAAAGAUACAUU